CUCCUCCUCCUCCUCCUCCUCUCCCUCCGGUGCGCUCUGGUCCUCCUCUGCGCGCUCUGUGUCUCGCCUCGGACAAACUGCGGCGGAACGCUGGAUAACCAAAAGUUUGCCGAAUCGGCUUAGAAGUACCCGGUUUGGGGCCGGAGUGGUUCGGUGUUUGCUUUUCUCGGGAUUGGUUUGUUGUGUCUUUUUAGUUUUUUUGCAGUUUAACCAUGGAGACUCUCAGAGGUCUCCUCGCGCUGCUCUGCGUUGUCCUGGUCGGAGCGCAAACGCAGAUCCAAAAAAAAAAGUUUGCGGAUUGUCCGGUUGACCUUUUCUUUGUACUGGAUACAUCUGAGAGUGUCGCCCUCAGACAGAAACCUCCCAACUUUUAUAUUGACCAGAUCAUAAACUUCACCAUUACCUUCAUAGAUGAACUCAAGGAAAUGAACCACCAGUGUGACCGCGUCCUGACGUGGAACUCAGGAGCACUGCACUACAGUGACGAUGUCAAACUUGUGCGACAGCUGAGUGACUUGAGAACUCAGCGUGAUGCCCUGAAGGCUAACAUCAAGGGCAUCGACUACAUCGGCAAGGGCACUUAUACUGACUGUGCCAUCAAGAAGGGCCUUGCUGAGCUGCUCAUUGCGGGCUCCCACUACCAUGAGAACAAGUACAUUGUGGUAGUGACCGAUGGCCAUCCUAUUACUGGUUACAAAGAGCCAUGUGGAGGCGUGCAGGAGGCUGCUAAUGAAGCCAGGCAAAAUGGAGUCAAAGUGUUCGCUGUCGCCAUCUCACCUGACCAGGAGGACACCAGGCUGUCACUCAUUGCCACAAAUCCAAACUACAGACAAAACUUCACUGCUGCAGACGACACCAGAUCCACUAAGAUGCAAACCAUUCGAACCAUCAUUGAUAUGAUCACAAACGAGACAAAGGAUAUGUGUUGCUCUUUCGACUGCAAUGCUCCAGGAGGGCCUAAAGGACCAAACGGAGAUCUUGGCUCUAAGGGAGAAACAGGUCGACCAGGGAUGCCUGGAGAGAAAGGAGAUAUUGGUGCCAUGGGCAGCGUUGGAGAUCCUGGUCCAGUUGGUUACACUGGAAUGAAGGGAGACCGUGGUGGCAAGGGAGGAAAGGGUGACAGAGGACACAAAGGCUUCAAGGGAGACAAAGGUCAAAGUGGAAAUGAUGGAAUCGAUGGCCGCAAGGGUGAGGAUGGUUUCUCUGGUCUUCCCGGCUGUAAAGGAUCUCCCGGAUCAGACGGCCUGCAGGGAGAGUCUGGACCAAAGGGAGACUCCGGUCCUUAUGGACUGAAAGGAGGAAACGGAGAUCCUGGAAAAGAUGGUGAACCAGGAAGGCCUGGAAACUACGGUCCACUGGGACCUGCGGGUGUGGCGGGCCCUCGCGGAAACAACGGGGACAAAGGAGAGCGCGGCGACGAUGGUGCACCUGGACAGGAUGGAAAUCGCGGCGAGACCGGACAAUUUGGAGAGAAGGGCGAGCAAGGUUCCCGUGGAAACAGAGGCCGUAGAGGAGAAUUGGGGGAGCCAGGACCCCGUGGAGAGCAGGGGCGGGAGGGCUCAUCUGGCUCCAAUGGAGACCCUGGUGUGCCUGGCAGGGACGGGUCUCCUGGCUACAGAGGAGAUGAAGGCGCACCUGGACCAGAAGGAGCCAAAGGACCGAGAGGAAUCAAAGGAGCUCCGGGAGACAGAGGCCAGAUUGGGGAGAGAGGAGAAGAUGGUGUGGCAGGAAAUGGCACUGCAGGUUGUCCUGGUUUCCAGGGUUAUCCUGGGCCCCGCGGAGACGCUGGUGAGCCGGGUGGCAAGGGAACCCCUGGACCCAAAGGAGAUGAUGGAGAUGCCGGAGAUCCAGGCCCCGAUAACACCGAACCAGGACCUGCAGGAGCUAAGGGGGCCAAAGGUCACAGAGGACCCGAGGGCAGACCGGGACCUGACGGGCCUCCUGGACCACCAGGAACUGAUGAAUGUGAGAUUCUGGAUAUCAUCAUGAAGCUCUGCUCUUGUUGUGAGUGUAAGUGUGCACCGAUGGACCUGGCGUUCAUUGUGGACAGCUCAGAGAGUAUCGGUGCCACAAACUUUGCUCUCGCCAAAGACUUUAUCAUCUCAAUCAUUGACAGACUGUCCAAAGACCAGCAACUCAAGUUUGCAGGUAAUGAGUCCGGCUUGAGUGUAGUCCAGUACAGCGGAUCACAAGCCCAAGAAGUUGUCCGACUGAGACCCGGCUUCGGCCUCACCGCAUUUAAACAGACAGUGAGAGACUUGAAAUGGCUGGCUGAGGCCACGUACACAGGCGAGGCCCUUGAUUUUGCUCUGUCCAACACAAUCAACCUUAUGACGCACGACAACAAAAUCGUCAUCGUUCUCACAGACGGACGUUCUGAUAUUUCCAGGGACAAGGUUCCCCUCAACGUACUCUGUGGGAAACAACUCCGGGUGGGUGGGCUAGGAGUGAAGGACUACUCCGGCCGCGAGCCCAACCACGAGCAGCUUGGGGAAUUGGUUUGUAAGAGUGAUCCCAAACCAGGCUUUUCCUUUGUCCUGGACAACUACGCCGAGCUGCUGGAUGACUCUUUCCUGCAGAACCUCACAUCCAGAAUCUGUGAAGAAAAGAGGUGCCCAGACUACAAAUGUCCCAUCUCUUUCUCUGAAAGUGCCGAUAUUUUGGUUAUGAUGGACAGCUCGGCCAGUGUGGGCCAGAAGAACUUCGAGACCAGCAAGACCUUUGUCACCCGCUUGGCCGAGCGUUUUCUGACUGGCGAGAGGAAGAGAGGUGCCACUGUCAAAGUGGGUGUGGCCCAGUACAGCCGAAACUCCCGCAUGGAGCAGGCGCCAACUGCCAAUUUGACCAUGUUGACCUAUCAAACUGAACAGGCGGCCUUCCAGAAUGACGGCACCAACGUGUUAGAGGCCAUGGAAUUUGCUAUUAAGAAUUUGCGUGGCCGCGGGGAUGCAUCGGGAGGCAAGAAGAAGCUGGUGCUGUUCUCUGACGGCAGGUCUCAGUCCGUUACCGGGCCCCUGCUGGAGGAGCGUGCUCGUGAGGUGGCAGAAGCCGGGGUGGAGCUCUUUGUCAUCACCGUAGGCAGCCAAGUCAAUGAGGCCAACUUGCGCACGCUAGUGAGCAGGGGGCGGCAAGACGACAUCUCCUACGCCCAGCGCCACCUGUUCCGAGUCCCAGACUACGCCUCUCUGCUCCGCGGGGUCUUCCACCAAACCGUCUCCCGCAGGGUGUCCAUGCCCUGAGUGCAGGGGCCCCGAACAACAGGACCAACACGCUUUAUUUUUAGUCCCAAUAUGAAUAUUCAUUCUCACUCAUCAACCAUACACUGUGUUCGAGUAUGUCACAUGGCAGACGAACAAAAAUGUCUUCAUGAAAUUUUGUCUGGACUAUUUUACCCUGAGGUGAGCCUUCAAGGCUGUGUACAAUUUCCACCUCCUAUACUGAGAAGUCUAUAACCAAAGUGGUGCUAACCUAAACAACAACUUUUAGAGUUUACUGUUACAAGUACACAAUUUGGAGGUGCUGUCUGGCAGGCAAAGUUCAGGGUAAAGAAGUCCCAAGUCACAAGGGGUUGCUCUGGUCCAUCAGUAAUGGCCACAACUUAACUAAAUAUUUUACUUUAAAUGCAUUGAGCUGAUUUCCACUCAGGUAUUUUGCAUCCCUGCAUCACUUUAAGCUAGUCUGAACCCGUGCUCGGACUUGCUAUAACUAACUAGUGUAAGUUAAAAAUAUCUCAUCAAGGCAACACUCUCUUGUCUCUCCAGGACUGGAGCUCCAGCCAUUUGAAGGAUCUGUGUGUUUUUUUUUUUUUUUUUAUAUAUGGACUCAUUUUUGUAGCUCUAUCCACUCUUUCAAGUGGUGUCUGAUAUGUGGUGUCACAACUUUGCUACUAUGCAAACCAACCACAGCUGUGGAUUGAAAACAUACAAAUGAUUUGUUGUAACUAAAUGAUUAUUAAUCUGGAAUGUCAGGCGCAUGAUUGGCCAGUCAACUUUAUUUUAGGUUUUUCCCCCGAUAUAACAUACUGAAAAGGACAUUUGGAAAAGCCAUGAAUUAUUCCAAACUUGGUGAAAACUCACAUCCAAACUCACUUGAAAGCUCUAUUAGAUCACCAAACCUACAGGGAAAACAGGACAUGACAUCAGGCAGACACUUCACCUGGUACUAAUGAGGACACGACCGCUGGAUUCAACAUGUGUGGUUCUGCCGAGUGAGUGUAGCUGUAUGUGUGUGUGAGCACGUCUGUGUGAUCAUCAAUUAUAUAUGUGAGUGAAGGUGAUUUUUUUAUGUGUAGCCUUGGGCGAUUGUUCCAUAAACAGUUAUGCUGAGGUCACUGGUUCAAAUGACAGAUUGACAGAAACCUGUUCAGAGAGGCCUCUGUCAAACACACACACACACACAUACACACACCGUGGUGCUUCAUCAGUGAGGUAGGAAAACAUCUGUUGUGGUUGAAGGCUGGAAAAGAAACCCAAUGGGACUCGUACUGUGAGCCCCUCACACCCACAUACACACAUAGAUCCCCUCAACUGUUAUGUUGCACACCUUCAGUUGUGUUGUCGUCAGUGGCCGAGAGCCACUGCACUGUUGUUAUUAUCUGUGGUGCUAUUAGUCUCAGUGUAUCAACCCAUGUUGUUAAAGAAGAUAUUUUCACCUGAGGUUACAAAACCUCAGUACUGUUGCAAGAGCUCCUUCAAUAAAGCUUGCUACACCAAA